AUGGCUGCUGCUUCUCUUUCACUUCUCCGCCUUCAACCUCCCUCGAUAUCCCAUUCCACUAAUACCCACCACUUUUUCCAGAUUCCCCAUCAUAUCCCAAUUCUUCCUCACUGCAAAACCCCCAAAUUCAAGCUUUUAAAGAAAAUAUCAUUUGCUCUUGCAGAAUCAUCAGAUUCUCCAAAUUCCCUUGAUUCUGAAGUUCAGAUUCUCCUCAAAGAACUCUCUGAUGUUUUUGUUCUUCCGGCAGAUUAUUUUUCGCAGCUGCCUCGAGAUCUUCGGUUAGAUAUGAAUGAUGCAGCUUUUGAUCUUUCAAAUGGGCCAGUCAAAGAUGAGUGUGGUGAAGAUUUGGGACAGACAUUAUUAAAUAUAAGUCGGGCAUGGGAACGAGCAGAUACAGCAACGUCUGCAACUCUAGUAAGCAAGCUCCCUUUGUUAGUUCGUACUCUGACGGACAGUAAUAAAUCAGCUCUGGGCAAGCGCUUGAUAUCUGCUGGGAGGAGGUUCCAGUCAAUGGGCCAAUAUGGUCGAGGUGAACUACAGAUGAUUGCGAAAGUGAUGAUUAGGACUGGAAAUCUUUUGUCUUCAAGUCCGGUAUCUGAGACAGCUAAUGAAGAACCUAAACCUGAAAGCAGGAUGCUGAAGUUUGGAGAGCUACAAGUUGAACUAACUUCAGAAAAAGCAUACAUUGGGGCUUUUAUUGGCUUUGUUUUUGGCAUCAGCGUAACAUUGGAUUUAUCGACAAUGGGUUAA